CCGAACCUGGACGCCAAGCCAAGCCAUCGGAUCGGAUCGGAUCCACUUGCCGCAGGGAGAAGAAGGGUCUCUGGGUCGCCGUCCCCUUCCUCCCACCUUCCCCGAGCCCCGCACGAGACGAGACGGCAGACCCCUUCAACCCCCCACUCCGCGUCCCCGCCCCGAUCAGUACCGGUUAAGUAACUAACCUCUUCUUCCUCCCUUGUCCACUCCGCUUCUCCCCAUCCAAGAAACCGCGCCAGGACCUCCGCCGAUCAAGGAGAAUCAAGAAGCCGGCGUACAGACCGAUCCAUCGAUCGACCCUUGCCUGAGCCGGCAGCAGCAGCCAUGAACAACCUGUUCUCGAGUUCGUGGAAGCGCGCGGGCGCGGGGGGCGACGGCGGGGACCUGGAGUCGGGCGGCGGCGGCGGGGUGGAGAUGACGGCGCCGCCGGGCGCCGCGGCGGGGGCGAGCCUGGACCGCUUCUUCGAGGACGUGGAGUCGAUCAAGGACGACCUGCGGGAGCUGGAGCGGAUCCAGCGCUCCCUCCACGACGGCAACGAGUCGGGCAAGUCGCUCCACGACGCCUCCGCCGUGCGCGCGCUCCGCUCCCGCAUGGACGCCGACGUCGCCGCCGCCAUCAAGAAGGCCAAGGUCGUCAAGCUCCGCCUCGAGUCGCUCGACCGGGCCAACGCCGCCAACCGCUCCGUGGCCGGCUGCGGGCCGGGCUCCUCCACGGACCGCACCCGCACCUCCGUCGUCGCCGGCCUGCGCAAGAAGCUGCGGGACGCCAUGGAGUCCUUCUCCUCCCUCCGCUCCCGCAUCACCUCCGAGUACCGGGACACGGUGGCGCGGCGCUACUUCACCGUCACGGGGGCCCAGCCCGACGAGGCGACGCUGGACACGCUGGCGGAGACGGGCGAGGGGGAGCGGUUCCUGCAGCGGGCCAUCGCGGAGCAGCAGGGCCGCGGGGAGGUGCUGGGCGUGGUGGCGGAGAUCCAGGAGCGGCACGGCGCCGUGGCGGACCUGGAGCGGAGCCUGCUGGAGCUGCAGCAGGUGUUCAACGACAUGGCCGUCCUGGUGGCGGCGCAGGGGGAGCAACUGGACGACAUCGAGGGCCACGUCGGGCGGGCGCGGUCGUUCGUCGACCGGGGGCGCGAGCAGCUCCAGGUCGCCCGCAAGCACCAGAAGAGCUCCCGCAAGUGGACCUGCAUCGGCAUCGGCAUCCUGCUCGUCGUCAUCCUCAUCAUCGUCAUCCCCAUCGUGCUCAAGAACACCAACAAGAGCAACAACAACAACAACCAGCAGUAGUAGGAAUAGCUUGUGAUGAUAUGAUCCUGGCUUGCUUGCAUGCUUGCUGGGUGUUGUUGAUCGUUUUUUGUGGAAUUUUUUGCGAUUGUAAUUACUCCAUCCGUGCGGUUCGUUGAGCCAAUCGAUUAUGUUAUAUAACUAUAUACUUUUCGGCGAUUUAUGAGUGGUAA